AUGUCCAACACGGAACUAAAAUUCGCACAGGAGAUCCAGCAGAUGAUGCAUAUAGCAGGUGAAACUCGAAGUCCAUCGCUACAGACGAUUUCACUAGUGGAAGAUAUAGUCAAGCAACAAGUGGUCUUCAUACUCACUACAGCCAACGAUCUCGCUGCUCGACGGGGUUCUCGACUUUUUUCGAACUAUGAUCUCAUAUUCCAGUUCCGGCACGAUGACUCCAGGGUCGCUCGACUGCGUAGCCUUCUUGCCUGGAAGAAUAUCCGCAAGAAUGUCAAGGACUCAGAUGACGAGAAAGGCGCAAAAUUUGAUGCCGUUACCGUCGAAAAUCCAGCCAUUGACCAAGUAGCUGCGAAUGCAGCAGAGAAUCCUUCAGAGGCCAAGACGACGGAGCCAAUGACAACUACUCUGCCAUGGGAUAUUGCAAGUUACUAUUCCGAAAGAACCCCAAACGAUGCGGGUAUGUUUGUUCUGGACAAAACAGAUGGCGGAUCUCUCGAGAGAUUGCGCCAAGCCGACAAGAAGACCGAGGGUAUGACAAUACAAGAGUAUACAGCCUGGUCUGAGUACCGCCAUGCCUCAUUCACUUGGCGCAAGACGAAACGUUUUCGGGAAUGGUCUGGUCUCGGUGUCAUCGCUGAACACAAGCCUUCGGAUGAUGUACUUGAAAUCCUCGGCUUCUUGACGGCAGAUAUGGUGCAAAGACUGACGGAGAUGGCACUCGCCAUGCAGAAGUUGGAACAGCCAAGCGGUCCCAGUCGUCCUGACAGUACAGUCUCCAUGGCCGAGAAGCCGGCUAGUUUAUUUGUUUCACCGGAUGAUACAGACCCGAUACAUCCAAGACACAUUCACCAGGCUUUUCAGAACAUCCAGGCUUGGUCGAGAAAAAAGCAACCAACUCUUUCUCGUAGAACAAUGGGAGCUGGUCGUGGCUUGAUGCUCAUCUAG